GUAUAAACCUUUUAAGGCUAAACGCAGCGUUUGAGGCAGAGGCAACGUAAAAUUCCGUAAACCACCAAUUUCUGAAAUUUCUUCAUUUAUUCAUGUGAUUAAAAUUGUUCGGUCCUGAUUGUAUCUGUGUUUUGGAGAGACUUGAGAACUGAGAAGCAUCCACUCGACAAUGGAGACUGCGAUUUGUGGGAGAUUAGCUCUCGCACCAUCCUCUCUCUUCAAUUCUAAAUCAGGGGACAAACAUUUAGUCUCGAAAGGACCAUGUGUGAAUCGUGGUGUUCUCAUGACCUUAUCUACAUACGCUGCAUUAGGUAAAGGAGGUGGUGUCUUGGACAAACCGAUUAUAGAGAAAACCACUCCUGGUCGUGAAUCCGAGUUUGAUUUGAGGAAAUCAAAGAAGAUGGCUCCACCUUACAGGGUGAUACUACACAACGACAACUUCAACAAGAGGGAAUAUGUUGUUCAGGUGCUAAUGAAGGUAAUACCAGGCAUGACUGUAGACAAUGCGGUUAACAUUAUGCAAGAAGCCCACAUCAACGGUUUGGCAGUUGUGAUCGUCUGUGCUCAGGCCGAUGCAGAGCAACACUGUAUGCAGCUGCGGGGUAACGGCCUUCUUAGUUCCGUCGAACCUGAUGGUGGAGGCUGCUGAUACUAAUUAAACUCAGUAUAGAUUUUCCCACCUCCCAGGUCUCUCUAUUUAGUCAAAAAAAAUUUGUCCUUUUAUUGUAUAUAAUAUCAGAAAUUUGGUACCAGACUGUUUUACUAUAUGCAGUGAACCUUGCCCUACAUAGAUUUGUUGGUAAGUGUU